AUGAGGCUGAGGAAGCCAGGAAGGGCAGGUUCCCAUCAAGAGAGGAAGCAGAGCCGGUCCGAGGCCAGCAAGAGGCUCCGGCCCACCCUCAGCAUGCCAAACCCACGCACCCUGCGCCUGGUGUGGGGGCAGCGGGAACUGGAGCUCCAGGCCCUGCGGAGGACCCUCCGGCACCAGCAGGACACCCGGGAGUAUUAUAUCAGGCAGGAAGUGGCUGGGUGUCCGGCCCACAGAUCUCACCCCGAACCCUCAGGGCUGCCAAGCCAGAGCCAGGGGGCAGACCCAGCCCGCCCUGGGGUUGGGGACCCCCAGCAGUGGACGGGGGGGUCUGUGCUGAGGGCGGCCUCCCCUAGGAACUGGCUCAGCCAGGAGACUCUCCUGCAGAGGCAGAUCCAGAAGCUGACUCUGGACCUGCAAGAGCAGAAGGAGCAGGCACAGCUGGAGAAGGAGCAUCUGGAAGAGCAGCUGCUGCAGAGCUGCCAGGCCCUGCAGCAAGUGGAGGCCGAGCUGCAGGCCUUCCGGAGGUCCUGCCUCCUGCAGCUGGCCCGCUCGUCCUGGGUGGGCCGCGUGCUGCGCUCCUCCACGGGCAGCGUGGAGGUGGUGACCGCGGAAAACCUGGUGGACUUAAGUGACUUCUCUGAGGACGACAGGGUCCCCGCAACUGGGGAGGGUUUCCGGAUGGAGGACGUGGACUGGAACAGCAUUGCCCACCGGUACCCCAAUCUCCUCAGCAACCUGGAGCCCAACACUGAUGAAAAGUUCUGGCGGCCCCAGAACACAGAAGUCUUCAAAAGCGUGGAGUGGGGCUCCCUGCCCAACAGCCUGAGCCGCACGGACUCAGGUUCCAGCAGCAGCCAGCAGACAGAAUACAGUGGCGGACUGGAGGUGCCCGAGCUUCCAGCCACUUCAGAGCAGCGGGACCCAAGGACCGAGAGGCCAGGCGAGCAGGCCCAGGAGGACCCUGAAGGACAGUGUCCUGAUCACCUGGAAACGUCCUCGGAGCAGCAGCAGCAGAAUGGCUGGGCUCCCGGGACCGGUGUGGAUCCCGAAGCCCUGGAUCCGAGCCCCGAACACAGCCCGCCGGGCUCCUGCCUGAGGAUCGUGAACGUGAGCCGCCGCGAGCGCUGCAUCUGCAUCCUGAACCAGUCGUCGGAGCAGACGGUGGACCUGACUGGCCACAUGCUGGUGCAGCGGGUCGGAGACUUCCCCGUGUCCAUGUACCGUUUCCCCAGCAACACGCAGCUGGAGGCGCAACACCACGUCACGGUAUGGAGCGACGGCAUCUGCAGCACCAAGAAAGCGCAGCCCUGGACCGGAGGCCAGCAGCCCACUUCCUUCCAGCCCAGCCAGCGCUUCCUGACUGUCCUCCUCAACCCCGAGGGCGAGGUCCUCAGCUCCUUCCGGGCCCCGCACUGCGUGUCCCAGGUCUCGAGGCUCUUCGAAGACAACACUGACCUGUCCAUCGAUCGCUUCCCGCUCACAGAGGCCAAGACCGUCCGGCCGCGGCGCCAGCCUCGAGCCCCGCGCAGGGGCCGGGCGCGGCGCCAGAGGCCACGGAUGCCUGAACCCCUGCCGGGCCUGUGCAGCUGCAGGCUCGCGGCCCCCCGGGAUGCGGACCCUGGUGUGGACACACCGAUGCCACAGCCCCUGCCGCCGACCACCCCCGAGCUCGGGCCGUGCGUGGACCAGUGUCAGGACAGGAAGGAGCGCAAGGUCCAGGUGGGCCGGAAACGCGUGGAUCGCACCUGCCCCAUGGUGGCCCUGUCUGUGCAGAACACGGCCGAAAGCAAGUUCGGCUUCCGCUUCCUCAGCUACCCGCCCAUCACGGUGGUCCCGCUGGCCGGCGCGGGCCGUGUCCUGCCAUGCCAGAGGCGAGUGUAGGGCAGCAGCGGAGCCUGUGCGUCGCCC